AUGAACCUAAAAAAAAUAACCAAUUAUUCACUAAGAAGAACUGCAAUUCAGAUUCUCACACAGCUUAAUGUAAAUACUGAUCGAAUUAUAGCAUUUAGUGGACAUUGUUCACUUGGUGGUGUUGCUUCAUAUCAAACUUUCACAAAAGAAAUAAUAAAUACUACUGUUGCUAUGAUUAUUCCGGAAUCAUCACGACUACCACUUGUACCUAUUUCUAAUUUAGACAAUCAAAUAGCUCAUCAAAUUCAUCCUAGAAUUACAAAACCAAGACCUUUUAAACCAUUCGAUACAUCAAAGCCAUUUGUCAGUCUACUCAAAAGAUCUUCAGCAAAAAUUAUUGAAAAAGAUACACAAGAGAUUCUUCCGGCAAAAAUUAUUGAAGAAGAUAUACAAAAGAUUCUUCCGGCUAUUACUUCAAAUACUGCUCAAGAAAUGCCACGAAUUAUUGUUGAAAAUUGUUCUAAUUGCAAUAUUGAAAUAAAAAUUACUAUGAAAUAA